UUAUUUAUUUUACUUUUCCUUAAUCACCAAGACAACACACAAUCAACCCCACUGUUCAUAACCGCUCUCACAUUUUUUCUUUCUUUCUUUUUUAUAUGCAUAACCUUCACUAAUUCCAUUCAACUCAUUCCAUUCAUCAUCUUCUUCGUAAUUUUUGGGUACCAUGGACACUUUCGAACCCCAAAUCGAUUUCGAAUCUCUCUUCGCAGAAUACGAAGUCGCCGAUUUUUUGCAGGAGGAUGAUAUCAAUCCUUCUGUUUCCGUCGCAGACACUCCCUCGCCUCUUUCAGAGAUUGAGAAUCUUCUCAUGUCUGAUGCCGAGGGAAUUGCGUCCUCAUCAUCGGAUUCUGACUAUCAUAAGCUUCUCCAAGAUAUUCUCGUCGACCCUAUCCCUCUAUCGGAUGAUCAAGGUUUCGUUCUUUCUGAUGAAGCCAGGGUUGAUCCAGUAACUCCUCAAGAGGUUCCUCCUGAACCCGUUUCAAAAAAGCAAAUUAGGCAGAUGAGGAACAGGGACGCUGCUGUGAAAUCAAGAGAGAGGAAGAAGGUGUAUGUGAAAAACCUUGAGACAAAGAGUAGGUAUUUUGAAGGGGAAUGCAGAAGAUUGGAGCAUUUGCUUCAGUGCUGCUAUGCUGAGAACCAUGCUUUGCGGCUUUGUUUGCAAUCGCGUGGUGGCUUUGGUGCUCCCAUGACCAUGCAGGAGUCUGCUGUGCUCUUGUUGGAAUCCCUGCUGCUGGGUUCCCUGCUAUGGUUCCUGGGCAUCAUGUGCCAACUCAGUCUACCCCUUCCACUGUCGCUAACAACAGUGUUACCUCCAAGAGAAAACAUGGAUCACAAAGGUCUAAGAAGGGUGGCUCUAAAAGGGCCAAACAGUAAUAAUAUCUCUGAUUAUUUCCUGACUCGAUCGUUUGUAAAGAGUAGAAGAUGCCAAGCUUCAAGAACGAAGAUGAAAUUUGAUUUUAUCAUGUUAUAAAACUUUUGAAGUGGGGCAUUUCAGAUGUUCUAUUUAUUCCUUCUUUCUAUGCAUUUUCUUUCUUUCUCUCUCCCUCUCUAUCUCUCUCACUUUUUGGUUUUUGUUUUAUUGAGCUUUUAGAUAGAGUCCUAGUUAUAAAAAAAAAUAUGUAAACCAAACAUGUUGGGAUGCUUUUGACAUGUAUUAUAAGCUUCUAUGUUAUGCACUUUGACGCUAUGUGUUCUUCCUAUUUGAAACAUGGAAAUUGUUUUUUA